UUAUUUUCGCUACACGUACGCAGCCUACCCUCCUCCCCUUCCACCGACUUAUCAUCGCAACGACCUCCCACCCCACCCGUUCCCCCUAUCGCCGCGCCACCGCCUCGCCGGCGAUGGACUCGCCGCUGCCGCCGGUUAACUGGGAUGCGCUCGACGCCCUAGUCCUCGACUUCGCCAGAUCCGACCGCCUCGUCCUCCCUGCCCCCGCCGCCUCCCCGUCGCCGCCUUCCUCCCCCUCCUCAUCCUCCACCACCGCCACCACCGACACCUCCUCCUCCGAACCCUGCUCCUCCUCUUCCUACCGCUCGCGCAUCCUCAUCCGCCGCGCCCGCCGCGCGCUCGAGGCGGGCGACGUCGAUGCCGCGCUCGCGCUCCUCCGCGCCCACGCGCCCGCGGCGCUCGCGGACCACCGCCUCCUCUUCCACCUCCACAAGCAGAGAUUCGUGGAGCUGGUGAGGAGGGGCACGGAGGCGGACAGGGAGGCGGCGCUCGACUGCCUCCGCACGGCGCUCGCGCCAUGUGCGCUCGAUGCCUACCCGGAAGCUUACGAGGAGUUCAAGCAUAUUAUGCUCGUGUUGAUAUAUGACAAAGACGAUGAAUCUUCCCCAGUUGUCAAUGAGUGGUCUGUAAAGAGAAGGUUUGAACUUGCUGGUUUGCUAUCAUCCAUACUAAGAUCUCAUUUACAAGCUUAUGAUCCUAUUCUAUCAAUGACUUUAAGAUACUUAAUAAGCAUUCACAAGGUAUUUUGCUCGCGCCAAGGAAUUUCAUCAACCAUAUCUGAUCUGACUGAGCGGCUGCUCUUUGAGGAUCGUGAUCCACCUGUGGUUCCUCAGGGAUGCUCUCUAGAAGCAACGCCGUUUGAUGAGGUUGACGUCCAAGCCCUAGCACAUGCUGUGGAGUUGACAAGGCAAGGUGCUGUUGACAGCUUGAAGUUUGCUAAAGGAGAUUUAUAUCAAGCGUUUCAGAACGAAUUGUGCCGAAUGAAGCUGGACCUGUCACUUCUGGAUACAAUUGUACACGAGUAUUGUAUAUACAGGGGAAUUGUUGAAGGCAGCUCUCAUAUUCUUCCUGGAGUUGCUGAGUUGAAAUGUAGUCAAAACAAUGAUGUUAGUUCUGUAAAUAAACAAGGAGUCAAUAAUGAAACACCAGUUGAAUGUGAAAUGACUAAUAAUCACAAUGGAGAUUGUAGCACCAGUGAUAUCACCCGUGAUGAUUCCUCGUCCAGGAGGUUACGUAGGGUCAGAAGUAGUACGUCGGGGCAGCGAAGACGAAAGAGAUGGAGAGGACGGGUAGAUGAUAUGGAUUAUGUUUGUGGAACUUUGUUGGAUGCGAAUAAGCAUGAUAUCUUGUCCGCUGGCAAACUUGAUAUGGAUAAGGACAUUGUGGUAGAAAAACAGGACUUGCUAGCAAAUUCAAAUUUUUCUGAUACUACAAACAUGGAAGAUCAGAAAUACGAAGUUGUUUUGGAGAUGAGGGACCUCACACGAAAAGGGAUGGCUGCAAAAGUUGUUGAAGAAAUAAACAGUAUAGAUCCUGAUUUCUUUUCACAAAACCCUAUCCUUCUGUUUCAGCUGAAACAGGUUGAGUUUCUUAAGUUAGUAGCUGCUGGUGAUCACGUGGCUAGUCUCAAGGUAGCAUCAACCCAUCUAGGACCUCUUGCUGCCAAUAACCAAGCUUUACUGAAGCCCUUGAAGGAAACUUUGGUAACACUGAUUCAAUCCAAUGAAGAUGUACUCACUAAUGCAGUAUCAUUACCAGUUCUUGCAAGUUCUCUACAGGUUGCAAUGAGCAGGAGGCUUGGUAUUGAAGAACCUCAGCUAAUGAAGAUAGUCAGAACAACAAUCCAUACACAUACUGAAUGGUUUAAGCUUCAGAUGUGCAAGGACCGUUUUGAACAUUUUUUGAAGAUUGAUUCUCUAAAAGAGGUUGAUCCAGCAGUGGGGAGUCACGAUAUGUCCAAAGCUCUUACAGAUGAAUGUGGCAAUGGAUCAUCUCAAAUCACAACAUGUUCAAGUGGCAAGGCGCCAGAUGAAGGUAGUAGCCCUCAGGUCUCAUCAGAUGUUGCCUGUGAUGAAAAUGCUAUACUGAAGGUCAUGGAAUUCCUUGCCUUGCCAAGGGCCGACGCCAUCCAACUCCUGAUGCAGUACAAUGGGAAUGCGGAGACAGUCAUCCAACAGAUCUUUCAAUAGUGUUUUCUGUAAAUACCACGCACGUUUUUGCUUUGUUUUUAAAAGAAAUUAUUUGUUCAUACUUUUCUUGUAUUGUAUAUACUUUGUUCAUACUUUUCUUUUCAUUAACUUCUGCUCUUCUAUUUCAUCCAUGUAACGCGGAAACAUAGUAGAAAAAGAACUCGCUCCACAGUUUUCAUGCAAGUCACCAUAGAAUAAUGGGGAAACUUUUAGAACUUGCACUUGUUGCAUUAUGUGAGGGUGAGACUGUACCAUAAGUUGUAUAGUGCUUCCUUGCAUCAUGAUGUAAUAUAAUGGCAGCCACAGAGUGCUGUCCUGUUGAUGUUGAAAUUGCACAA